AGGAAAAGAUGCCUGCCACACAGAAGCCGAUGAGAUAUGGACAUACAGAGGGACACACAGAUGUCUGUUUUGAUGACACUGGGAGUUGUAUUGUGACUUGUGGAAGUGAUGGUGAUGUCAGGAUUUGGGAAGACUUAGAUGAUGAUGAUCCUAAGUCUAUUAAUGUUGGAGAAAAGGCAUAUUCCUGUGCUUUGAAGAAUGGAAAAUUGGUCACUGCCGUAUCUAACAAUACUAUUCAAGUCCACACAUUUCCUGAAGGAGUUCCAGAUGGCAUAUUAACUCGCUUUACCACAAAUGCAAACCAUGUGGUUUUUAAUGGAAAUGGUGCUAAAAUUGCUGCUGGAUCCAGUGAUUUUAUAGUCAAAGUCGUGGAGGUAGUGGACAGUAGCCAACAGAAAACACUUCGAGGACAUGAUGCACCUGUUUUAAGUCUGGCCUUUGAUCCUAAGGACAUAUUUCUGGCAUCUGCUAGCUGUGAUGGCACUGUCAGAGUGUGGCAAAUUUCAGACCAGACAUGUGCUAUUAGCUGGCCAGUGUUACAAAAAUGCAAUGAUGUGGUAAAUGCAAAAUCCAUCUGCAGACUUGCUUGGCAACCCAAAAGUGGUAAGUUAUUGGCAGUUCCUGUAGAAAAAUCUGUUAAGCUCUAUAGAAGAGAAACUUGGAAUAAUCCAUUUGAUCUUUCAGAUAAUUUCAUUUCUCAGACCCUCAAUAUAGUAACUUGGUCUCCCUGUGGGCAGUAUUUGGCUGCUGGCACUAUUAAUGGUUUAAUUAUAGUUUGGAAUGUGGAAACCAAAGAUUGUCUGGAAAGGGUAAAACAUGAGAAAGGUUAUGCAAUUUGUGGCCUGGCCUGGCAUCCUACUUGUGGCCAAAUAGCGUAUACUGAUGCGGAAGGAAAUCUCGGGCUCCUGGAGAACGUAUGUGAGCUCAACGGAAAGAAGUCAAGCAGUAAGGUGUCUAGCAAAGUAGACAAGGACUACAAUGACCUUUUUGAUGGAGAUAAUGAAAGCAGUGCUGGUGAUUUUCUAAAUGACAAUGCAGUUGAGAUCGGCUCUUUUUCAAAAGGGGUUAUAAAUGAUGGCGAGGAUGAUGAUGACCUCAUGCUGGCUUCCAGUCGUCCUAGGCAGAGAAGUCACUUUCUAGAAGAUGACGAAAACUCAGUUGAUGCUGCAUUGAUGAAAAAUGGUUCUCGUCUUCUCAAAGACGAGGAAGAAGAUGACCAGGUAGACAACAUUCAUAGUCUACCACUUAUAACAUCUCAAAGGCCAUUUUACGAUGGGCCUAUGCCAACGCCACGGCAGAAACCAUUCCAGUCAGGCUCUACACCCUCGCAUCUCACUCACAGGUUCAUGGUAUGGAAUUCUGUUGGAAUUAUUCGCUGCUAUAAUGACGAGCAAGAUAAUGCCAUAGAUGUGGAGUUCCAUGAUACCUCCAUACACCACGCAACACACUUAUCAAAUGCUUUGAACUAUACGAUAGCAGAUCUUUCCCAGGAAGCUGUUUUGCUGGCAUGUGAGAGCACUGAUGAACUAGCAAGCAAGCUUCACUGCCUGCACUUUAGUUCUUGGGAUUCAAGCAAAGAGUGGACAGUGGAUAUGCCUCAGAACGAGGAUGUUGAAGCCAUAUGUCUCGGUCAUGGAUGGGCUGCUGCUGCCACUAAUGCCUUGCUACUCCGACUGUUUACCAUUGGAGGUGUUCAGAAAGAGAUCUUUAGCCUUCCUGGGCCGGUAGUGUCAAUGGCAGGACAUGGAGAACAGCUUCUCAUUGUUUACCACAGGGGUACAGGAUUUGAUGGGGAUCAGUGCCUUGGAGUUCAGCUUCUAGAGCUGGGGAAAAAGAAAAAACAAAUCCUGCAUGGUGACCCUCUUCCUCUUACAAGGAAAUCCUACCUUACAUGGGUUGGAUUUUCAAUUGAAGGUACCCCGUGCUACGCGGAUUCAGAGGGCAUUGUUCGCAUGCUUAACAGGGGACUUGGUAACACAUGGGUUCCUGUGUGUAACACAAGAGAACACUGCAAGGGCAAGUCUGAUCACUACUGGGUGCUCGGUGUCCAUGAAAACCCCCAGCAGCUCAGGUGCAUUCCUUGUAAAGGUUCAAGGUUUCCUCCCACCCUUCCACGGCCUGCUGUAGCUAUAUUGUCCUUCAAGCUUCCUUACUGUCAGGUGGCAACAGAGAAGGGACAAAUGGAGGAACAAUUUUGGCGUUCAGUUAUGUUUCACAACUACCUUGACUAUUUAGCUAAAAAUGAUUAUGAAUUUGAAGAGAACAUUAAAGAUGAAGGAAUCAGAGAACAACAGGAGCUUUUAUUGAAAAUGCUUGCGCUUUCUUGUAAACUGGAGCGAGAAUUUCGAUGUGUGGAACUUGCUGAUCUGAUGACUCCAAAUGCUCUGAAUUUAGCCAUUAGAUAUGCAUCUGGUUCUCGGAAGUUAAUAUUGGCCCAAAGGCUUAGUGAACUCGCUGUGGAGAAAGCAGCAGAAAUGGCUGUGGUCCAGGAGGAAGAAGAGGAUGUUGGAAGAAAACGGAAUGCGGGUCACUGUAAUACCACCUCAGAGUGGAGCCAGUCAAGGGUUAGAAAUCAAGUUGAAGAAGCAGAGGACAGUGGAGAAGCUGAUGAAGUAGAAGAAAACCCAGAAAUACGUAAGCAUAGACAGAACUUGUUUUCCAAAAGUGCAAAUUCCUCAGAUGCGCCAGCUGUUAAGUCAGGUGCAGUUAUCUCUAGCAGCCAAGGACGAGCAAACCCGUUUAAGGUGUCAGCCAAUUCUAAAGAAUCAGCCAUUUCGACAAAUGCAGCACGUUCAACUAAUAUUUUAGACAAUAUGAACAAAUCAUCUAAGAAAUCCAUUGCACUUAAUCGAGCUGCAAAUAAUGAAAAGUCUCCAGUUAUAAAGCCUCUAAUUCCAAAGCCAAAGUCUAAGCAGGUCUCUGCAGCCUCCUAUUUCCAAAAAACACCUUUCCAACCUGAUAAGACUGAUGAAAUAAAAGAAGAAAAACCAAAAAGUGUAUCAUCUGAGACCCCAGCUGUGUGUCCUCAAAACACUGAAAACCAAAGGCCAAAGACUGGGUUCCAGAUGUGGCUGGAAGAAAACAGAAGCAAUAUAUUGUCUGACAAUCCUGGAUUUUCAGAUGAGGCAGACAUAAUAAAAGAAGGAAUGCUUCGAUUUAGAGUGUUGUCUGCUGAAGAAAGGAAGGCAUGGACCGACAAGGCCAAAGGAGGACCUGCCAGUGACGAAGCUGAAGCAAAAAAGCGAAAACGUGUAGUCAGUGAAAACAGUGAAACAGAAAACCAGAAAGAAGAAGCAAAGAAGAAUCUGAAUUUGCCUAAAAAGCAAAAACCUUUAGAUAUUUCUACGAAUCAGAAACUGUCAGCUUUUGCAUUUAAGCAGGAGUGA